AUGGAGUCUGUUGAAGCAGGUGGGUUAUUUGCCAUGAUCCUUCGAUAUAUUCGCCCACUGAAGUCCUUUGCAACCAGUUGCACAACCCUUACAUUGCAACAUCGCUUUCAGUUGCAUCCUAUAAAGCAGCGACACCACCAUGAGGACCAUAUCACUCGUCGUUUUGCAGACUGGUACAAACAAUCUCAUUUCAGAGACAAGUUUGAUAUUCACCCAUGCGUUUAUUUGACAUUUCUUCGCAUCGUGGGCUGGUUUCAUAAGGACAUCUUCUCAAACUCCAACUCGCCAACUGGUUUUAACAAGGGUAUCAACUUCCUUCAGGUUACGUUAGAGCAUGAUCUACAAACUAUUUUGAGGAAUGGAUCAGACGCUUCAAUUGGGAAUAUGUCCCCGCCCCGGAGGUGUAUUCUGCUGCACCCUGUACCAUUCUAUGUUAUUCACGUCUUGCCCUUGAUGGCCACUUCAUUUUCGUGUCUCUCCAUGCUCAAGCUUCUACGUCCUGAGUUUGCUCAGCUGUUAACCCCAUCAGAUGGAGGAUGA